CGAAUUAAACAACAUGAUUCAAUAUAAAGAAAAAAAAAGAGAGCAAGAAACUGGUAAUUUAGCUUUGUUAUCCUAUCCUGUUUUAAUGGCAGCGGAUAUUUUUCUUUAUGACGCCGAUUUGGUUAUUGUCGGACAAGACCAAAAACAACACUUAGAAUUAACUAGCGACAUCGCCCAAAAGUUCAAUAAUUUUUAUGAAAAAGAAUUAUUAAAAAUCCCGGAAUUUGCUAUUCCUAACUUGGGGGCAAAAAUUAUGGGAUUAAAAGACCCAACCAAAAAAAUGAGUAAAAGUGAAAAUGACUACAUUGGACUUUUAGAUACACCUGAAGUAGUAAAAGAAAAAUUUAAAAAAGCUAAAACUGACAGUGAGGGCAAAGUUUAUUAUGACCCCGACAAAGAAGAUAAAAAAUGA